CUUUUUAAUCUCAUAGUUCGCCUGCAAACGUCAACGAGUGCAGUCGUGUUUUGAUCUAGUUUUGCAAGCCCCCGCGAUGGCGAAUAAGCGAUCGCAAUAUGCGGACGAAAUGUUCCGCAUCGAUUUCUCGCUGGUGCCAAAGCGGGAGACCGUCGAUUUCAUGUGCGAGCGGUUGGGAAUCGGCGGAAAAAAGUGCAAGUCGCCCAGCUGAAUAGUGCGAAGAGCUGUGUGUUUGUGACGAUGGAAAUGGUGGAGGAUGUGGAGGCCAUCGUCAAGGAACACAGAGGAAAGCACUCCAUCACGCACGAGGGAAAGCACUUUCCCAUCAAUAUUGAGACGGUAGAUGGGGCGGUAGACGCGUCCGUGCGCGAUCUGCCUCAUCUAAUCCCGGACGAGGAAAUUGUUGCCGAGAUGGCACAAUACGGUGAAGUCCUAUCGAUCACCAAGGGCGUAUAGGCCCCCGAUUCACCGUUGGCUGGUGCGCUCAACGGUGUGCGUGUGUUGAGGAUAAAGCUGUUAAAGCCCAUGCUCUCCUUCGUAACACUCUGUGGGGAAUUUACAGGUGUGUCCUAUCGUGGACAGGCACAAACUUGCCGCAACUGUGCUGCACCGGUGCACCACGGUCUGAAUUGUGUGCAGAACCGGCAAAAUCGGUUUGCGAACGUUGCACAAGUAAAGGCCACGUACGCCAGUACCGUUAGUACAAAAACAGUUGCACCCACACCACAAGCAGCGUCACACACUGCAGCAGGCAAUAGUGGCCAGAAGAAAAAGAAGAAGAGCCGCUCAAGGUUCCUAUCGUCGGCGACACCUACACCUACACACGCAAAUGUGCAAGAUCAGCACCCACGCGACGCAUCGAAGAUCGCCGCACGACUGAUCAUCCCGCUCGUGCCGGUAACUGUUCGGCCUUCCAGCCCGAAGCCGAACUCUCGCAAGGGGGUGAUAAGCCAUGCGAACAAUAAGCACGUCGCUCCAGCUCUCUCUCUCGCUCCCACGACGGAUGCUGUCGUCUCCGCGCAUGAUUGGCGCAUCGAUGAUGCGUUAUCACCUGCCGUUCCUACCGCUCCUGUGGCCACCGCCGCUCUUGCGGCUACCGCCGUUUCUGCGACUACUGCUGCUCCUGUGGCUACCGCCGCUCCUGCGGCUAUCGCUGCUCCUGUGGCUAACGCCGCUCCUGCAGCUAUCACAGCUCCUGCGGCUACCGCCGCAUCCGCUGCUGCAGCUCCUGCUGCUGCCGCCUCUCAUGCGGCUACCGCCGCUCCUGUGGCUGCCGCCGUUCCUGUGGCUGCCGCCGCUCAUGCAGAUACCGCCGCACCCGCUGCCGGCGCUCCUGCGGCUGUCUCCACUCCUAGGGACACGGAUGAUCCUGCUGUUGCCCAAGUCCCUGGUGCUGUCGUCGCUAACCCAGCGGCAACAAGUGCUCCACUGGCCUUUAAGGUACCGCUCGAUGUCCUUCCUGCCCCCUUUCCUGGCCCUUCCACGGAUGAACCGUGAACGGUAACACGUAAGCGAACCACUGAGUCAGAUGUCGAGAGUGUCGCCUCAAGUUCAUCCAUGAACAGCUUUACGAUGGUCGCCAAGCGUAAGCCUGGUCGACCAUCCAAAAAGGCCACUACCACUAACAAACUCUGAAUUUCGUUGCGAUGGAUACGGUGACCAAUAAUAUAGGAUCAGUUGUUAGUAGUGGCUAUAAUAUAGCAACUAUUAACAUCAACACCAUAUCCAGCGCAACGAAAUUAGAAGCUCUUAAGACAUUUAUCAGGACGAUGGAUCUGGAUGUUAUAUUUCUGCAGGAAGUAUAUCAUACAGAUCAAGCGCUUCCAGGAUACAAUGUUUUGUCUAAUGUUGACGCGUCGAGGAGGGGUACGGCGAUCGCUUUACGGGACCAUUUAAAAUUUUCUCACGUCGAGCGCAGCUUAGACUCACAUCUGAUCUGCGUUCGAUUGGAGAAUAUAGCCACCCUGUGUAAUAUUUAUGCUCCUUCAGGAAGCCAGCGUAGGGCGGAGCGGGAGGAAUUUUUCAACCGUACCGUGGCGUUCUACCUGCGGAAUGCAUGUCCUCAUGUCAUUUUCGAUCUAUAUCGCU